CUCACCAUUGAAUUAAUCACUUGCCAUAUUUUUCAAAAUCUCUUUUUUCCCUCUCUCUCUCUCUCUCUCUUUCUCUUUCUCUCUUUCUAUAUAUCUCACUUUCUCGCUUGAAUAACAAGCUUGGUAUAUUUGUUACAACGGCCUGAUUAAGCAAUCUCUUUUGAUUUUCUUACACAAAUAAAAAGAAGAAACAAAAGGGAAACAUCUUUGGCUGUGUUUUGAUAUUCCGAAAAAUGGGGAAAAAAGAGAUGAAGGAUCAUCAUCAUCAUCAUUCAUCAACUACAGUAGUAGAGAACGACGACAAAGUCGAAGCUGUUCUUCAUCUCCUUCGUAAACAUUCUCCUCUCACUCUUAAACAGGAGAAGUUCUGUAACAGAGCUUGUGUUAGUAGAUUCUUGAGAAUUAAAGGAGACAAUGUCAAGAAAGCAGCUAAACAGUUAAGGUCUUGCCUUUCAUGGAGAUCUUCUCUUGGCAUUGAGAGCUUGAUCGCCGACGAGUUCACGGCGGAGCUUGCUGAAGGGCUUGCCUACGUUGCUGGUCUUGAUGACGAGUGCAGACCCGUUUUGGUUUUCCGCAUUAAACAAGAUUAUCAGAAGCUACAUACGCAGAAACAGUUGACUCGUUUGGUAGUAUUUACAUUAGAGGUGGCUAUCUCAACCAUGUCCAGAAACGUCGAACAAUUUGUCAUCCUUUUCGAUGCUAGCUUCUUCAAAUCAGCAUCAGCUUUCAUGAACAUACUUGUGACUACACUCAAAAUAGUCGCAGAGUACUAUCCUUGUCGUCUUCACAAAACCUUCGUCAUCGAUCCUCCUUCUCUAUUCUCUUACCUUUGGAAGGGUAUACGCACAUUCGUGGAUCUAUCAACGGCCACGAUGAUAGUAUCGAUGCAAGAUUUCCAAGACUCGUUUGACUACGAGGACUUCUCCUCAUCUUACCCAUCACGAGUCUCCUCCCUCCGAUUCGACACGUCAUCUCUCAAAUCAACGGAUAAGAUCGGUUCUUGCGCAUCCUCCAGAUUCGCUUUCACCGUAUCUCGCGACGGUCUCGACACGGUCAAACCCUGGUGCCUCACGUUGACUGACACGUCAUCAUCAAAACUAGGACACAACACUGGCGCGUACAUCUCACCUCUCAACGCGCGUUCUUUCUCAUUCGCGUCGCCGGCUGCUAGGAGCGAGCCGUUCGGUGGUCCGAGGAGGAGCUUCUUCGCUUCGACGCCGAUGCCAGCUAGGACCACCGAUCGUCACUCUAUCGGAACACUGCGUGAUCCGCGGAUACCACGACCGUCGUUCUUCCAGUCUCCGGCGGUUUUCUUCCGGCGAGAAUCACACGUCAGCAAAAGUGAGAAGCCUAGAGAUACGUUCGUUCAGUUCCUCAAGUUUUAUCGUAGACCGUACGAUGAGAUGACUUAUAGGUCAAAGAUGAGGCCACCACUCGGUGGACUCGUCUCCAUUGUUUCAACUCAGAUCAGACGCCGCCACGUGUCUUUAUCUCAACGGUUCUAAUUCAUCAAAACACACUAUCCAAAUCCACCUAUUCAAAAGUAGUAUAUAACUUUUGCCGUGAUUGUUUUUUUUUACUUAUUGUUGUUUUCAAUCAUCUUUAUUUUAGUUCUUCAAGUGUAUUUUCCUAAUAA